GCCUUGCAUCCCCCGCGGCGGGGAGCGAGAGCCCCACGCCCCCUCCUUCCUCCCCUACCCUUUCCCUAUCCCCAUCCCCACCCCCUUUGCCCCCCGCAUCCCUUCCCUCCUCUGCCCCCGCCCCUUUACCCUGCACCCCUAUCCCCGGAGGGGGGGGUUGGGGAAGUGGUAGAAGGAGAAAGCAACGGGAGGAGGAAUUGGGGAGGCCAGUGAAGAUGGGGAACACUACGUCUUGCUGUGUGUCGUCCAGCCCAAAGCUCAGGAGAAAUGCCCACUCCCGGCUGGAGUCCUAUCGGCCAGAUACUGAGCUGAGCCGGGAGGACACAGGCUGCAACCUGCAACACAUCAGCGACCGAGAGAACAUUGAUGAUUUGAACAUGGAAUUCAACCCUUCAGACCACCCUCGGGCCAGCACAAUAUUCCUCAGUAAAUCUCAGACCGAUGUGAGAGAGAAACGGAAGAGCCUCUUCAUCAACCACCACCCUCCAGGACAGAUGGGAAGGAAAUACAGCUCCUGUUCCACUAUUUUCCUAGAUGAUAGCACAGUCAGUCAACCAAACCUCAAGUAUACAAUUAAAUGUGUAGCGCUUGCAAUAUAUUAUCACAUCAAAAACAGGGACACAGAUGGAAGGAUGCUCUUAGAUAUUUUUGAUGAAAAUCUUCACCCCCUUUCGAAAUCCGAAGUGCCACCAGACUACGACAAACACAACCCAGAACAAAAGCAGAUUUACCGGUUCGUUCGGACGCUGUUCAGCGCCGCCCAGCUGACUGCUGAGUGUGCCAUUGUCACCCUGGUAUAUCUUGAAAGGCUUUUAACUUAUGCAGAGAUAGAUAUCUGUCCAGCAAAUUGGAAGAGAAUUGUACUUGGAGCAAUUCUAUUAGCAUCCAAAGUUUGGGAUGACCAGGCAGUCUGGAACGUGGAUUACUGCCAGAUCCUGAAAGACAUCACAGUAGAAGACAUGAAUGAGCUGGAGCGACAGUUUCUUGAACUGCUGCAGUUUAACAUCAACGUUCCUUCCAGUGUUUACGCCAAGUAUUAUUUUGAUCUUCGUUCCCUGGCAGAAGCAAAUAAUCUCAGCUUUCCCUUGGAACCCCUCAGCAAGGAAAGGGCUCACAAGCUUGAGGCCAUCUCUCGUCUAUGUGAAGACAAGUAUAAGGACUUAAGAAGAUCGACGAGGAAGCGGUCAGCUAGUGCUGACAAUCUGGCUGCAUUGAAGUGGUCUCCAGCCAUCAUCUCCUAACAGUGGCAUGUAGGAUAUUCUUACAAAAAUACUGUUUUCACCCCUCCUGUUUCUCAUUUGGUUUGGGAAAACACAAAGACUCUGGGGUUUUUUGGUUACGUUUUUGUUUGGUUUUGUUUUUAAUCCUUAGCUCCAACAAGCUACCUUUACACUGCCUCCUCACCGUGUGGCACACACGCAGCGAUUUUUCAGUGGAAAGCUAAAUCAGUAUUUUGGAAAUCCUGUCUCAUGCCUUUCCCCCCCGAUGUCACUAACCUUUGGCGAAGGAAUGGGGGACUCUGCAGGAAGAAACAGAGGAAAAGGAAAGUAGUGUAGAGGCAAGAAAGAAAGAUAUAAAUGACUUUGUCAUUUUUUUUGAGACACCGUGCUCGUCAAUAGAUAAAUACAAAAUGAAAACAAAACAGGAGAUAAACAAGUUUGGAUAUGCACUAAGGAAAAUGAGUGGCAUUGUUUUUUACCUUAACCUGAAAUUCAGCUCAGUACAUUCUGUUGGAUUUUUUUUGCAUUCCUUCUAGCUGUUUUUCAGAGUUUGGGGCAUGUUUUUUUUUUUGUUGUUGUUCUUCUCUUUUGGUCCUGCAGAGCAGAGAAUAUAGUCUGUAUCUACCAUAGCACAAACAUCCAAAUAAAUGGUAUUGGUUGUUCCUCACUACACUAUUCUCUGUGAGCUGUCUUCUUAGCUAUCACCCUUCAGAAGUAUUACACAUUUCUUAUGUUUCUAAAUACCUGAACUGUACCUUUCAUUUUUGUCCCCAACAACAAAAAAGUUACCCUGACCAUAGUGCUGAACCAAAAGUAUACAAAGUGAUCCAACAUUCCUGUGCUAUUUCCUCUUAAAAUUUUUCCCCACCAAAAAUGGAAAUUCACACAGAGUGCUUGUGCCUUCCUGUGUUCUUGGAGCGGUUUUGUUUUCUCUGACCUAAAGAUGCAGAUGUCAAAAUACUCAGACUUUAUGGGCCAAGAGGAAGCAACGGGCUGCAGAAAUCUCUACUGGGUUGCGAUUCCAAUUCCCCUGUCCUCGCCUUCCCCUAACCAGUUAGAUCCUUGCUUGAAUUCACAUCACAAAAGUGGUUUUUUUUGUACAUCCCACCUAGUUCAUUCUUUCAUCUCCAUUGUUGCAAGCAAUAUCCUCCUCAAUUUUAUAUGUUUACUUUAAAUCAAAGUUAAGUCUGUUUGUAUAAAAAAUUAUUUUAAAAACUUAAAAAAAUGGGUGGGUGGGAGGAGGGUUUCAUUGGGAAGAUAAUUGAAGAGAUGAAUGUUAAUUAACCUUUAUUGAGGCAUUUUUCACAGGUUGAAUUAAAAAAAAACCCACCACCACCACCAUCACCAUAAACUCAACUUGUAUUUUUCAUUGUGGGUGCUCAGAGAAAUUUAAACAAAAUUCAAACUGUGAAGAAGGUUGAUGUUUCAUGAAUUAUGAUUGUACCUUUUUCAUUUCCUAAUUAUGCCUGGUUUUCCUUAUGAGAUAAAGCAGAAUAUUUUAUAGUAAUGUGAAGAUUGAGAGGCAGCAUGGUACAGUGGAUAGAGGGCCAGCCGAGAGUCAGAAAGACCUGAAUUCAAAUGCUGACUCUGACACAUACUAACUCUGAGAUCAUGAGCAAGUUUCUUAUCCUUCUGUGCCUCAGGCAACUCUUUAAUAUUAAAAGUUAUAGAUGAAUUACUGAUCUGCAUCCAUGGAGGGAAUUUCCACACCCUGGAGUUCCCUAUACCAAUGAAAUCACAAGUCUGGACCUAUACACAUAAAUGACAUCAAAAUGUAUCAGGGUGGGUGGGGGGGCAUGGUAAUUUUGAACUCAAGUCCAUGAAUCUGAUUCUGUGAAGUUUUUUUUUUCUUUUUAUACUUUUCCUUUGGAUCUGAUGGCAGAGAAGAGGUCUUCCAGUCUCUCCCCAUCCCACCUCUUUUUUUUUUUUUUAUCAGUGAUGUGAAUGGCAGAUUUCCUGAGUUUUUUUACAUGCUUUUUUGGACUAGCUGAAAAUGGAAAGAUCUUCUGUUAGUUUUUUUCCCCACCUUAGUGCUGGAAGGUCAUAGACCUGACCCAUGAAUAUAUUUAUUCACACCUCUCAGUGAAACAUGCCUUUGAAACAAAUGGCCUUCCAAGAGCCACGGUACCGAUUCCAGACUGAAUAUUCUCUAUUUGCAGGCUCAUGUGACUAAUCCCCUCUAUGGCCUGAUUGUUGGCCCAGAAUGAUCCAGCCGGUUCUUUCUGAUCUAUCAUUUUAAAAAAAAGAAGCAAAAAAAAGAAAAAAGAAAAGAAAAACCCAAACCUCAAAAUGAAAUUCCUUCUUCCCCUGAUUAUGCCCAUUGAUUUGAGAUAAUUUCUCUGUUCACAUGCAGGUUCUAUUUGGAACAGAAAACUGAACAGAGGAAGUGCUCUGAAAAUAUAAUAGAAAGUACAAAAUGUAUUCCAAAAAUCUAUCUAGCUGAAAAAAAAUAAAGGGACAUAUUUUCUUAGCUUCUGGAAUUUUAAUACCUCUCAAGAAAAAUGAGUUCCUACCAUAAUGUAGAUGGUUGUCGUCUUUUACCAAACCAUUUCAGAAAAGAAGUUCUGUUAUCUUUCUAACAGAAAUUGUAGUUUUAUCCCUUUUAUUUGAAUGAGAGACAUAUGAACUUUGAAUUAUGUAAAUAUCUCAAUGCAUCUGCUAUAAUUUUGUGGAGUUUAUUAAAACUACUUUAAAGAUUGUAUAGUCUAUUUAUUGUAUGUAUGUACAUACAGUCUGAUACUUAAAAUUUAAAGUGGAUUCCAUAAAAUUUGGCUCAGUCUUGUUUAGACUAUUGAAUAUUGUUUUAGCCUUGUGCACUGGACUCUACCUCUGUAUAGGAGAAUUUUCCAUCUUCUUUCAUUAGUACUGAUUCUGUGAUUAACUUGGUUAUGUUUCUUGCACUAAGGUUUUAUUUGAAAUCUGCUGUAAGUAUAGAUUUUCUGUUUUCAGUUUUGCCGUAGAAAUCAUUUGACCUGUAGGUGAAUAGUUAUUUUUGGUUUAUUAUUUUUUUCUACAUGAUAAUGAAAACUUGCUUUUUUUUGUUUCGAUUUGUUCUGUUUGCCAAAAAAAGUACAGUACCUAUUGAUAAAUGGUAGUGACUGUAAUCUGUUUGCAAGGUGAUUUAAUACCAUACAAUUAAAACAAAUUACUAUUUAGGAA